AUGGUUGAAGCAGAUCGCCCAGGAAAGCUCUUCAUUGGUGGCCUCAGUACGGAAACAAACAAGAAAGCCCUUGAAGCAGUGUUUGGCAAAUAUGGACGAAUAGUGGAAGUUCUCUUGAUGAAAGAUCGCGAAACCAACAAAUCUAGAGGAUUUGCUUUUGUCACCUUUGAAAGCCCAGCAGAUACUAAGGAUGCAGCUAGAGACAUGAAUGGAAAGUCCUUAGAUGGAAAAGCCAUCAAGGUAGAACAAGCCACUAAACCAUCAUUUGAAAGUGGUAGACGUGGACCACCUCCACCUCCAAGAAGCAGAGGCCCUCCAACAGGCCUUAGAGGCGGAAGAGGAGGAAGUGGAGGAACUAGGGGACCUCCCUCAUGUGGAGGGCACAUGGAAGAUGGUGGCUAUUCCAUGAGUUUUAACAUGAGUUCUUCCAGGAGACCACUUCCAGUAAAAAGAGGACCACCACCUCGAAGUGGGGGUCCUCCUCCUAAAAGAUCUGCCCCUUCAGGACCAGUUCGCAGCAGCAGUGGAAUGGGAGGAAGAGCUCCUGUAUCACGUGGAAGAGAUAGUUAUGGAGGUCCACCUCGAAGGGAACCCCUGCCCUCUCGUAGAGAUGUUUAUUUGUCCCCAAGAGAUGAUGGAUAUUCUACUAAAGACAGCUAUUCAAGCAGAGAUUACCCAAGUUCUCGUGAUACAAGAGAUUAUGCACCACCACCAAGAGAUUAUACUUACCGUGAUUAUGGUCAUUCCAGUUCACGUGAUGACUAUCCAUCAAGAGGCUAUAGUGAUAGAGAUGCCUAUGGUCGUGAUCGUGACUAUUCAGAUCAUCCAAGUGGAGGUCCCUACAGAGAUUCAUAUGAGAGUUAUGGUAGCUCACGCAGUGCUCCACCUACAUGAGGGCCCCCUCCGUCUUUAUGGGGAAGCAGUCGCUAUGAUGAUUACAGCAGCUCACGUGAUGGAUAUGGUGGAUGUCGAGACAGUUACUCAUGCAGCCAAAGUGAUCUCUACUCAAGUGGUCAUGAUCGGGUUGGCAGACAAGAAAGAGGGCUUCCCCCUUCUAUGGAAAGGGGGUACCCUCCUCCACGAGAUUCCUACAGCAGUUCAAGCCGCGGAGCACCAAGAGGUGAUGGCCAUGGAGGAAGCCGAUCUGAUAGAGGGGGAGGCAGAAGCAGAUAUUAA